CCGUAACGCCCAAAAGAAGUUGGAACGAACCGAAAAUAGGACCAACGAAAGGUGAGAGCACAAAGUAAAAAAAAUUGAGUGAGGAGUCAGAGGUUCAUCAGUAUCUCCAUCCUUGUUGCUAUGGUACUACUCCUGGGAUGCUUUCGUACGUCAGUGCGGUUCUUCGACCUUCAAUCUCUUGUCACUCCCGUCCUUAGUGAUUGAUCACCAGAAUUUGCACCCAACAACCCUGCCAACGCGAGAAGAGCACCCACUAAACUGGGCAAUACAAUGUCUUCACACUUAAAUCAAGAGGAUUCCGGCGACGAGGAUUGGGAUAAGGACACUGAAGAGAUCAAUUCCAUCGCAUCAGAUGAACUGCACGAAACCCGCCCCAAUCGGUGGAACGGGCCCCCCUCCACAUGGCUCACAUUCACCGCGCAGGAAAGAAAGGCCUACCAAGCGUUAGAGGGCUUGCGCAGGCGAGACUUGUCAGCACAUCUCUACAACGCGCACGCAUUGCGAACCCGAGCCAAAAGGCAGGAGACCAAAGAGGCGACCAACGAUCAAGCUGAAGACGAAGACGGUUCACGGCGCAGAGAGAAGGAAUGGGCUCCGAGCCACCGAUGGACGGCUUGGCCACUGAGGACUGGUGAGGUGGUUGAUGAUGAGCUCCUCCCACGGACCGCAGACGAGCACGAGGCUUUCACGCUGCGUCCGCCCGUCCGGACCUACCCAAGCAAGAAUCUAGAGGAAGAAAUUUCGGCAACAAUUUUACGAUGUGCCAAGGAAAAGUUCCGAAGCAGAGGCUUCCCCGAAGAAGACGACGAGGAUGAUUACUCCGCCAUACACGCGGUGGGCGAAGGGAACGAUGGCGUUGUGGACUCGAUAGAAAAGCGCGAUAACGACCAUCACCACCAUGCCGAAUCCAGUCAGUUGCUAUCCAGCCCGCCACGGCGCAACGACGAGUCGGCCCGGUAUAGCGUACCACUCUCGAGCCCGGUCAAACGUGAGCCGGUUUCCCAAGACGAGAGCAGUAAACAAGGCGGCUCUGCUUCGCAUACCCUCAGCUCUUCACGUCGACGUCAUCGAGCUCCUACGCCUACCUACAUUCCUGGCCCGUCAGUCGAUGACGACAGGUCCUACAAACUUCUCCGUCCCGCAUCGCGGCGCAUCCUCUCCAAGCUGGACGAAACCUUGACAAUCCUACACAACGCCCGCGCCGCCGGUCUUCGCGACCUGUCCGAAUCUUCUGCUAGUGACACUGAGGAUAACGACAACGACGCCGAGACGGAAGGGCCUGAUCGACAGCAGCAGCAGCAGCGCACACUAAGGGGAAGACCCCGUGCGCGCUCCCCAUCACCUUCCGCAGAAGCGACAGCGUCCGAGGCUAAAUCGAAUCCGCCGCGACGAACCAGCAAGCGAGGGCGUAAAAGAAAGCUACGCAUUCCCCUCGAGGGCGAGACCGAGCAGGAAAUGCUUGCACGCGUCGCCCGCGAGACGCACAAGCGGACACCCUCUUUCUUUCGCUCUCGGGCUUCCUCUUUCCACACUACCGACGACGCCGACGCCGACGAAACAGCUUCUGAAGCCGAAGCCCGCGGGCCACCAAGGUCAUACCAACUACCCUCCUCCAAGAAGAAGAAGACAACGGAACGUCCCAAUAGGCACAGGGCCAGAAGCAGAAGCAGAAGCAGAAGCCGAAGCGUAACCAGCACCGCCGCCUUGACCGCCGCCCAAGAAAAAGACCGCAUGGGCCGCGUCGCACGCUGGGGUCUCCGCGACUGGCGCGACGUCCUCGGGGCAGCUGCCCUGGCCGGGUUUUCGCAGAGCGUGAUUGCUCGCGCGACGCAGAGAUGCGCUACGCUUUUCGGGGAAGACAUGGCGAUGCAUACCCUUUGUUCUUCUUCCUCUAGGCGUGUCAAGACGAUGAUUUACCACCCCGGUGACCCGCUCCCCGACUCUUCUGAAGAGGAGGUGGACGCCACUGAUAUUGCGUUGGAGCAGAGACGGACGGUUAGUCGACAGCCCAGUCUUGUGAGGACGUUUUCACCUGAUGUCGAUGAUGCGCAAGAAGACGAGGAAGUCAUGAAGGCUGUUGAAGCUGCUUCUGAAGCUGGAACAGAAACAGAAAGGGCACGCGGUAGAAGCGAAAGCCCGGCCCGUAGCAGGAGCAGAGCUAGAAGGGCGGGUACACCCGCACUCGGUGGCGGGCUUAGGGUGAGGAGACGGUCGGUCACGCCGGCGGCCGGAGGGGAUGUGUAUUUCUGCCCGUACCCUGAGUGUGCGAGAGCUGUGGAAGGGUUUGGGAGAAGAGCGAACAUGCAUCGACAUUUGAAGCUUGUUCAUGGGCGGAGUCCACCUGCUUCUCCCGCAGGCUCUGUAGUGGGAAGGGAUGAUCAAGAUAGUAUGGAUGAGAUGGAGGGUGGUAUACAUUUGGACGGGUUUUUGCAGCCGAUUAAGAAAUAG